AUGGAGGGGGACCUCAAGCCUUGGGAGCUCUACAGCUUGGUCGGCGCCGAGAAACCAGAGACGCUGGACGCAAUGAAGGGCUUCUUCACUCGCUACCGCGCGAUCCGUGGGAAGGCGACCAACUUCGCGUACACACACGAUGCCCUACAGCGCUUGUGGUGCUCUUUCAUCCGACGCUGGAACGCCGCGCGACGCGAAGGCCUGUCCUUCACGUCCUGGCUCGAAGACCGCGAGGGCAAUAGGAGCAACCACACUAUUGGCGAGUUGCGGGAGCGCGUGUGUCAGCUGGCACAGCACGAGUAG